CGCCGGCUCUGAGCACACCAUUCUCCAGCUGAGCUGCGCUAUUGGUGAGGAAAUUGUUAUUUAACAGCAAAUUUCACUAGAGUGUUGUACUAAAAAUCCGUAAAAAUGUCCAUAGCCAAGCGUGUGCAGCAAUGGGCCACUUUUGCGCGAACAUGGCACAUAUACGAUUGUACCUGGCAGAACCCAUUUGAUUCGGCGUUGCUGAUAAAGAAGCAUAUAAUGGGAUUGCACAAGCCAAUUUACCAUCCAAUGAAUGAUUGCGGAGAUCAUGUAGUUUGCAUAAACACAAAAGAAAUUGCGCUACCAGGCGAUGAAUGGAUUAAGCGUGUUUACUUCCAUCAUACCGGUUACCCAGGCGGCGCUUCUUGGACGCUGGCGUGGCAGUUACACGAAAAGGAUCCAACAAUGGUUAUGAAGAAGGCGGUUUACAAUUCAAUGCGUGGCAAUUUACAACGCAGACAUACAAUGCAAAGAUUGCAUUUGUUUGCCGACGAUCAAGUGCCUGAAGAGAUAUUGGCUAAUGUAACAAAUCAAAUUAGAACACCGCGAGAAGUACCUCAACGUCUUGAUCAUAUCGAUAAGGAAACCCUGGAAAACUUCCCGGCAAUUUUGGAUUAUCCGAAAGAUUAUAUAUUGCGUUGAAGAGGCAUUAGAAGAAAACAGAUUUGUAUAUUGUGGUGAUGGUAGCAGAUUAUCUAACUCUAUACCCCCCGCUAAAUCUUGUUUUUAAAUAAAAAUUUUCUUGUAAC